GAGGUGCAUGUCCUCGGGCAGCGGUUCCGCAACCCAGUAGGUCUGGCGGCCGGCUUCGACAAGCAGGGCGAGGCUGUGGACGGGCUGUACAAGAUGGGUUUUGGCUUUGUGGAAGUAGGGACUGUCACGCCCAAGCCCCAGGAAGGGAACGCCAGACCCAGGGUCUUCAGGCUGGUGGAGGACGAGGCUGUCAUUAACAGGUAUGGAUUCAACAGCCAUGGCCACAUAGCAGUGGAGCGCAGGCUGCGGGCCCGCCAGGAGACACAGCUCAGGCUCACUGGUGAGGGAAUGCCCCUUGGAGUCAACCUGGGCAAGAACAAGAGCUCUACCGAUGCUGCAGCUGACUACAUGGCUGGGGUCCGGACACUGGGCCCUUUGGCUGACUACCUCGUUGUGAAUGUGUCCAGCCCAAACACCCUGGGGCUGCGGGACCUGCAGGGCAAGGCUGAGCUGCAGGACCUGCUGACCAAGGUGCUGGCGGAGAGGGACCUGCUGCCAUGCGAGCGCAAGCCAGCUGUGCUGGUGAAGAUUGCCCCUGACCUCACUGUGCAGGACAAGCAGGACAUUGCUAGCGUCGUCUGCGAGCUAGGUGUGGAUGGGCUGAUUGUCAGCAACACCACCGUGAGCCGCCCCAGCAGCCUCCGGAGCCGGCAGCGCACAGAGCCUGGGGGCCUCAGCGGGAAGCCCCUGCGGGAGCUCUCCACGCAGACCAUCAGGGAGAUGUACUCCCUCACCCGAGGCCAGGUACCCAUCAUUGGAGUUGGUGGGGUGAGCAGUGGGCAUGAUGCCCUGGAGAAGAUCCGUGCUGGAGCUUCGCUUGUGCAGAUGUACACGGCGCUUGUGUACCACGGGCCCUAUGUGAAGCAGGAACUGGAGGAGCUGCUGAGGGAGCAGGGAUUCAAGAAUGUCAUGGAGGCGGUUGGAGCAGAUCACCGGUGCUGA